AUGCGUUUCGCGACCCUCAUUACCGGCGCCAGCGCCAUAGCCCUCGCAACAGCAUCGGCGCUGCCUCGCCGCAACACUCUUUCUUCUCGCCAGACUACGAGCCGCCAGACUGUCGUCUACUGGGGCCAAAACGGGCCCGGCUCAUCAGAGAACAACGAUCUUUCCACCUACUGUACGGCUACUUCUGGUAUUGAUGUUAUCAUCCUCUCCUUCUUGUACGAGUUUGGCAAUGGCCAGAACAUCCCAGCCGGCGUCAUUGGAGAAUCAUGCUCCGUCUCCACUACCGGUGCUGGCUUCUUGUGUGACGAUCUAGCUUCAGCUAUUAGUACAUGCCAGGAUGCUGGUGUUACUGUUCUGUUAUCCCUUGGAGGCGCAUCUGGUUCUUACUCUCUGCAAUCGCAGGAGGAGGCCGAGGCCAUCGGUCAGUACUUGUGGGACUCAUAUGCAAACUCCGGCAACACUACUGUUGAACGCCCCUUUGGCGACGUCUUUGUGAAUGGCUUCGAUUUUGACAUUGAGGUCAACGACGGCUCUAGCCAGUACUACCAAUACAUGAUUUCUACUCUGCGUGCCAACUUCGAUUCUGACCCGGAUAACACUUACCUUAUCACCGGUGCCCCCCAAUGCCCUAUCCCAGAGCCCAACAUGGGCGUCAUCAUUGGCAACUCUACCUUUGACCGUCUCUGGGUUCAGUGGUACAACAACAACAACGGCCUCGACAACCACACUUACGAAUCAUGCUCUCUUGGUUUCGACGGAAAUGCACCUUUCAACUUUCUUCAGUGGGUUGACUGGCUUGCCGACACUCCUUCUGCUGAUGCUUUGCUCUACAUUGGAGCUCCUGCCUCUACGCUCGCUUCUAACGGCAACACUGGUGGUUCAAUUUACUACAUUACCCCAGCUCAACUUGCAACUCUUGUCGCCGAGACCGAGGGCAACUCCUCAUUCGGUGGCAUCAUGCUCUGGGAUGCCGGAUACUCUGAUGACAACGUCAAUGACGGCUGCACAUACGCGCAGGAAGCCCACAGCAUUCUCUUGACCGGCGAAGUCUGCGAUGGAGCUCCUAUUUCUGCAACUUCAGUGCCAAGCGCUACUUCUUCCAGUACUUCUACCACUUCUAAGAGUACCGCUACAAGCACUGCUACCACUACUACCACAACAUCCGUACCAACCACCACCGCAACCACGACCUUGGCCACCUCUACCUCUGCUACUUCCACUACCUCAUCGGUUUCUCCCAGCAGUACUUGCCCAGUCAGUGGAGGCUCCUGCUCAAAUAAUGGGGAAUAUGCCUGCGCUGGCAGCAGCUUUGGAAUUUGCGACAAUGGUGCCUGGAUCAUUCAGUCUUGUCCCUCUGGAGAUGUUUGCGUCCAGGAUGGAAGCAGUCUCUACUGUGCCGCUUCUGGAAGCGCCACUCCUGUCUGUGGAUGA